CGCUGCUGUUUCAAUGGAAGCUGGUUAUAACUUACGUAAUUAUUUUUAUUCUUUUUUUUUUUAUGUAUGAAAUAUAUUUUUAUUUUUAGGGCGUUAUAGCCGAAGAAAUCGUCUUCGGCUUCUUGAUGAAGACCGAAGACGACGUCUUGAAAAAAGACGUCAACAACAACAACAACAACAACAGCAGCAACAACAACAACAGCAUCAACAACAUCAGAUGCAAAUCGUCUUUCCGGUUGGGGGCCGGACGGUGACCUUCUGUAUCACCUCCGCCAGGUAA